AUUUUGGCUGUUACACGUAGCUAGCUAAUUUGAUACCGUAGCUAACAUGUUUUGCAUAUCAAGUUAGCUAGCGACAAGUUACAUAGGUGGCAAACCAGAUAUUCAAUGGAGGCUUUGAUUAAACAGUAAUCCGUUAAACUAGUUGUUAACUUUAAAAUCAGAGUAAUCCAAGUUGCCGCUCUAGAAUAGACAGCUAGCAAGUUGACAUGCUACUGUGGUGAAGUAGCGAACGUUCAACCAAUUCAAGCUCACCAACUAGCGAACACAACAUGAUCUGCAUAUAAUUGUUUCAUGAUGCAUUAUAUAUACACUGAUCAACACUUAAUGCCAUUCGUUGCUUGUUUGUUCUGUAACUAAAUAUGAGUGAGUUCGGAAUAUAACGCUAACGUUAACUAUCCAUGUUAGCUAGCUGUCUACAGGGAUCUAAACUACAGCUAACUAGAUGGGUUGGAAUAUGGGCAGACGGCUAACUAAAUACAUAAGUAGACAGCACAUAGCCAAUAAGUCAUUUGAAGAAAUAUACAUUUUAGUAGCUAAUAUACUCACCAGCACACGACCUGGUUUUCCAUAUUUUGAGCAGGAGAAUGAUGAUAGCUGCCAAGUGAGAGAGGUCUCCCGUUAACCUGAAGAUGUUCAUUGCUAGAGCUGAUGCCUUCUUUUGACACCGGUGAAAAUGACUUAAAGUCUACUGUUAAAUUUUCUGGUUUAAACUAACUUAUUUAACCGGCUUCAUAAAUCCCUUUUUUGAUGCAACGAGUUGAAAUAUGGCGAUAGGGCAAGUCGACGUGGAAGGGGGCGUAAGAAAAACGUAAAUUACAAAGCAAGUUGGGUUCGGAUUGGAUACAGCGGUUUGAGUGAGACCUGUGCUAAACACGCCCAGCAGCAUCCAUUGGUAAGAAUUUCUAGUUGAAUAAUACGCAAUGUGACAGUCAUGCCAGGCCCUUGAAUUUGAAGAACGGCGAACAGAUUGAUUCUCACAUCUCGCUGAUGUUGCAACAUUACUACGAGAAGACAGCUUUGACUGACAACUGUGAGAGAAUUUGUUUGGGAUUACAACACCAAACACAUAAUGAUGAGAUACUUGGUAAACAGGAUGGAAAACUGAGAGAAGUGAAAACAUCCAUCUUCCUGUUCUGUCUGUAGCACACUUAGUCAUGAGAUCACAGCGCGCAUACACACACAACAUUGUUUUCAUCAGAACGGAUUUACCAGUGUUUUCCUCUAUCACGCUAAUUCAUCUCGACAGCCGACUUCAUGGAGAACAGGGAAAACUGCCCCCCAGGGUUAUCGUUACACCAACCAGACGAUAUCAUUUGGCGGAUAGGGGGUCAGUCAGCCUCUCUCCCCUGUAACAUCGCAUAUGAUACCAAUAGGAACAUUGAUUUCCUCUGGUUCGUCUUCAAGCAGGACGCUCACCACUCGGUCGAUCUGAUGACCCAGCAACACAAAUACAGCCUGGAGAGAUACAGCCUAAAUAUCAACUCACUCCAGGCCAAUGACAGCGGGGUGUACCACUGUGCUGCCUUGUUUAGAGACGUGGUAUGCCGCGGGGCACAGGAGAUAGGGCAGGGCACCACGCUGGUGGUGAGAGAGAGGGGCAUGCAGAUGGCCUGGCAUGUUUUGCUGUGGCUGCUGUUUGUCCUGUUGGCCUUGUACAGUCUGGCAAUACUGAUUCUGAUCAUUCGUAAGAAGACUGGGAAAGACAUUGCCGUUUGCAGAGCCACACAGAAGGGUGACAUCCAGAAGAAUAAAGUUCGAGUACAGUUUGGUGCUGUUGUGCAAGAGCUGUACGGCAAGAGGAACUUACGAAGUAACAAGAAAACCCCCAACCACAGUAGCCCUGCUCAAAACAAGGUUGAAAGCCCCCACUCCAACCAUCCAGAGGACAUUUACCAAAACCAGUGACUCAACAAAAAGGAGAACCGCUAAUGACAGCUACUUCCCUACACGGACUGAUCUUCAGGCGGGAGAGACUAUAAACUAUAAGGACACUGCUGACCUGCAAAACGACUAACCAAAAUCUAAAACUGACCCUUACCUUAACCAAAGAGAGUAACAAGACAAAGACAAUCCCGAUUUGAUGAACUUCAAAUUAAUCAGAAAGAAAAAGUCCCUCUACUGAAUCUGAAGAUCACCUAUUUGAAUAUCCAAUUUUUUUAGUCCGGGUUUCAGGUUCAAAAGUCAACGUAAAUAACACGUGCAAGUUAUUUGAAUGAAGGCUUAUUUUUUUUAAUUAAAAUGGAAACAGUGUAAAAGGACUUGUAGAAAACAUUCCCCAACAAAUUAAUGCAAAUCAUUUGAAUGAACAGCAUAUUUGUUUGGUAUUAACUAUUUAGACAAAGGCACAACAUCACAAUGGUUCAGGUCCCAUGAUAACAGUAUGUAGUAUACACAAUGUCAAAGAAAAUAUCUGUUUUACAUUCAAUUUGUUUGGAGAACAAAGUCUGCAAACUAAUAAAUUAUGUGAAAGUAA